AUGGGGGGCCUCUGGCUUUGGGGGCUGGGUCUGCUGGCCUUGCCAGGUUGGAUCCUUGGAGCAACCUCAGCUUCCAGAUGUCCAGGAGUCUGUGACCCUGGAGUCCCGGAAGACCUCACCCCUGAGGGAACCCAGGUGUCCUGGGACGAGGACAUCCCUGCGAUUAACCAAGGGCUCAUCCCGGAGGAGACCCCAGACAGCAGCUUCCUUGUGGAGGGGGACAUCAUCCGGCCGAGUCCCUUCCGACUCUUGUCGGUGACCAGCAACAAGUGGCCCAAGGGUGCCAGCGGUGCUGUGGAGGUCCCCUUCCUGCUCUCCAGCAAGUACGAUGAGCCCAGCCGCCGGGUCAUCCUGGAGGCGCUGGCUGAGUUCGAACGCGUCACCUGCAUCAGGUUUGUCGCCUACAAGGGCCAGAGAGACUUCAUCUCCGUCAUCCCCAUGACUGGGUGCUUCUCGGGCGUAGGGCGCAGCGGAGGGAUGCAGGUGGUGUCCCUGGCGCCUGCCUGUCUCCGGAGGGGCCGGGGUAUUGUCCUGCACGAGCUCAUGCAUGUGCUGGGCUUCUGGCAUGAGCAUUCGCGGGCUGACCGGGACCACUACAUCCGUGUCAACUGGAACGAGAUCCUCCCCGGCUUUGAAAUCAACUUCAUCAAAUCUCGGAACAGCAACAUGCUGGCGCCCUAUGACUACUCCUCAGUGCUGCACUACGGCAGGCUUGCCUUCAGCCGGCGUGGGCAGCCCACCAUCAUACCGCUCUGGGCCCCCAGUGUCCACAUUGGCCAGCGAUGGAACCUGAGUGCCUCGGACAUCACACGGGUCCGCAGGCUCUAUGACUGCAGCCCAAGUGCCCCUGACUCCCAGGGGAGAGGGUUCCAGGACCACACCAAUGGUAGGAGUCGCACCCCUGACUCCAGGCCACGCCUGCAAAGACUUCUGGAGGCGCUGUCGGUGGAGCCCAGGAACCCGAGGGCUGGAGGCCAGCCUGUGGCUGCCGGGCCUGUUGAGAGGAAGCUCCACGUGGAGGCUGUGGUGAGGCCAGCUCAGACCGCAGCUGCAGCAGGCACGCCGGACACGGCUGCAGAGCAGCCCCAGCUGGCUCCGUUCCCAGAGGCAGGAGACCCGCCAGCACCUGCGCCGGGGAGCCCAGCUCUGCCAGGAGACUGUGUACCCAGAAGUCCCUUCAGAGGAAUGUCCAGAGAUUGA